UCUUGGGAGGCAGUGGCCCGAGUAAGAAAACGUAGAAUGCCUCUGGUGACAAGGCGACUGAGAGAUCCCGACAUAAAUCCUUGCUUGCUGGAAUCUGAUGCUUCUACAAGAUGUAUGGAUGAAAAUAACUAUGACAAGGAGAGGUGUUCCACUUACUUCUUUUUUUAA